AAAGAUAAAGAUAAAGAUAAAGAUAAAGAUAAAGAUAAAGAUAAAGAUAAAGAUAAAGAUAAAGAUAAAGAUAAAGAUAAAGAUAAAGAUAAAGAUAAAGAUAAAGAUAAAGAUAAAGAUAAAGAUAAAGAUAAAGAUAAAGAUAAAGAUAAAGAUAAAGAUAAAGAUAAAGAUAAAGAUAAAGAUAAAGAUAAAGAUAAAGAUAAAGAUAAAGAUAAAGAUAAAGAUAAAGAUAAAGAUAAAGAUAAAGAUAAAGAUAAAGAUAAAGAUAAAGAUAAAGAUAAAGAUAAAGAUAAAGAUAAAGAUAAAGAUAAAGAUAAAGAUAAAGAUAAAGAUAAAGAUAAAGAUAAAGAUAAAGAUAAAGAUAAAGAUAAAGAUAAAGAUAAAGAUAAAGAUAAAGAUAAAGAUAAAGAUAAAGAUAAAGAUAAAGAUAAAGAUAAAGAUAAAGAUAAAGAUAAAGAUAAAGAUAAAGAUAAAGAUAAAGAUAAAGAUAAAGAUAAAGAUAAAGAUAAAGAUAAAGAUAAAGAUAAAGAUAAAGAUAAAGAUAAAGAUAAAGAUAAAGAUAAAGAUAAAGAUAAAGAUAAAGAUAAAGAUAAAGAUAAAGAUAAAGAUAAAGAUAAAGAUAAAGAUAAAGAUAAAGAUAAAGAUAAAGAUAAAGAUAAAGAUAAAGAUAAAGAUAAAGAUAAAGAUAAAGAUAAAGAUAAAGAUAAAGAUAAAGAUAAAGAUAAAGAUAAAGAUAAAGAUAAAGAUAAAGAUAAAGAUAAAGAU